AUGUCACGAAGACAGGGCUACGAUGACAGCAAUCGGGCGUUCCUCCAGGCCCUGAUGGCCCGGUCAACGAUGACCCUCACAGAAGCAAAGCCCAUACUCGCCGCCAUCCUCUCAGUGCACGGAGGCGAAACCGUCUCCCCUAACGCCAUCACAGAAAACCACCUGAACUCAUUCGUCAUGGCCGCGAACAGCGCAAUCUCACCCCUCGACCUCGAAAUCCGCAGUACCAUCCCUCAAGUCGAGCUCGACGACCCCACAAACGAACAAGUGAACCCCGAACGCGUCUACGCCUUGGUAAACACAACAAGCGACGGCCUGACGCAACUCGCGACAACACAUACGGCCGACGAGAUCUCCUACGUCAAACGUGUUCUGGACAAGAUGUUCGAAACGAAUAACAAUAAGAUUACGGAGGCAAUUUCUCUCAGUACAAUGGAGGCUCUUAACGAGUGCAAAGUCGGCGGAAGCAACCGACGCGAGUCCGGCUCCGCAACACAAGCUACCCAAGGCGGGGCGGCGCAGCCGCUGACUAUGGGACAGGCGGAGACAGUCCUGAAGCAGCUCUGCGAAGAUGGCUGGUUUGAGAAGAGCCAGAAGGGGUUUUAUACGCUGAGCCCACGCGGAUUGAUGGAGUUGAGGGGUUGGCUUGUUGCGACGUAUAAUGAUGAGAAUGAAGGCGGGCGGAGAAAUCAGAAGAUCAAGUUCUGCGCUGCUUGCAAGGACAUUAUCACGAUUGGACAACGAUGCGGUAACCGUGACUGCGCCGGCCGAUUACACGACCGCUGUAUGCGCAACUUCUUCCGAGUGCAGAAGGCAGAGCAAUGUCCGAUAUGCAGGGCGCCAUGGCCGGGUGAUAAAUAUGUCGGCGAGCGUGCUAUAUCCUCAGGCCAGAGACGGAGCAAUGUCCGACCUAGCGGAGUGGGACCAAGCACGCAGUUGACCCAGGCUACGGAUGAGAUGAGCGAGGAAGAAUCCGAUUGA